CAGAAAUUGAACGGAUUUUCCGUACUUGAAAAACAAAUGCAAAAAACGAGGGGCUUAACAGGGCAAAGGAAAUUGCAACAAGCGGAACUUGGUGGCCGGUUUGCCGAUGUUACCGGGUUUGUGCCGAACGGAUGGGCUUGGGCAAGGCGUAAGGGUUUUUAGGAAUUCUGUUCUACCGCAUACGAAAACUGGGUAAAGUUGUGGGGUUUUUCCCAUUUUCCACGCUUUAGCAAACGGACCGCCCUGUCACACGGGCGGCACAGAACUCUGUGUGGCCAUAUUUGUUAUGCUAAUCUCGUUUAAUUGAAUGCACAGCCCGGUACGCCCCGACAGGUUUUUGGUUUCGGCCACGCUAGCGCGGACGUAUCCGGGGCUUCCGAUGCUUUUCCAUUUUGACAAAAUUAAUUUUAUCCGAUUGCUGUGUGUGGGUGUGUAGUGGAGGAAAAAAUAUGUAUUUUGCUAGUGUUUCCGUGGCAGAUUGGUUUUUAAAAAGCGGAAGUAGGGAAAAGUGAUUUUCUGUGAACAUGGCGAAUUUGAAAUGCACUAGAAGUGAAAAGUUACCGAAUUGAAAAAAAAAUGCACCAGUGAGCAAUUUUUGUAACUAAAAGCGCACAAAGAAGAGUUUUACAGUGAUAGUGAGCAAAUAAAAAAAAACAACCAAACGAAAAAAGCAAAACAAAAAAAAGAAGGAAAAGAUCAAACGAAGAAAGUUGCUCGCGUGAAGUGAUGCGCAUCGGUUGUGCUUUAACGAGCGUGUGUGUGUGGGGCGCGAUAUGUUGUUUCUUGUUUUACGACUGGUGAUGCUCAUCCCCUAAACGACCCAUCUGCACAGCGCGAGAUAAGCAGCGCGUCCGCCGCGGUGACCCUGCGAAGUGGUCAGGGAGGCAAAAAACACUCCUUCUUUCGUUCUCUCUUUCUCUCUGCUUCAACCAUCGUCUAAUGACGAUGACACAUUAUUCAUCGGCAGCAUCCACCAGCGGGCAACAGCAACAAACGGUUGCCUUUUAGUAGGCCGUGCCCGUUGCCGGAUGGAAAUUAAACGUUUCCAUGUGAUAGCAGGGAACACUCGACUCGCAUGGUUGUGUGUGUUACGUUCUUCCGGCUCGGUGUCGAAGAAAGAGAGUCAAAGCGAGCGAUUAAACCCAUCGGCAAAGACACAGUGAGAUUCUGUUUGAAGUGCAAAAGUCUUAAGGCUUAAGCUGUGAUCUGAAGAGAAGGAUCUGUUUUAAAGGACGUGUAACUUUUCGAUUACCUCGGCGAGCUCGAUGCGAAGCGGUGAAAGGUGCAAAACAAAUAAGUGGAAGCCGGUGGAGGUGGUGGUUUAGUAAUAAUAAAAAAUAAAAUAAAAUAAAAAAAAACUCCAAGCAAUAAGCAACUCGAAGCAGUUCGCUGCACAAAAGUGUCCGGUGGUGAAGAGAGAGAGAGAGAGAAAAAGAGCCCGCGAGGAAAACUUUGACAACGCGAGUGUAAAUUUCGGUGAAUAAUGAGUGCGCAACCGGCGGCACUAAAUGCUUCUAAGCAGUGCCACCACGUUCGGUAAUAAAUAAAUUACGCUGCUGCUGCUGCUGCAGGCUGUAAACUGGUAGUCGACGAAAACCCAUACUGCCCCCAAUAAGAACGGCACGACGGAACCUCCGCGUGGGGAGGCGAAGCAAUCGAUGCGCGUGAUCAAGGUUAGCUACCAUCUCUUUUUGGACAGCUAUGCUCAGAAUUACACAAUGUGCAUCAAACGAACGUAAGUGCCGACACCUUCGAAGCAUGACUACAACCUAAAAACCACCGUGAAGAAGGAAAACUAACUCACACUACAACAAAACAAGGCGUACGAUCGUCAAACUCGUCAUCUCUCUGGAGGCAGAGAAAGAGCGAGAUUUGAGGCGAUAUAAGAAAACGCAACCACCCUCAAGAGAUGAUGGCGGACUUAAGUGGCUUUGUGGCUAAUUCCCACCACCUUGAGCGGACAAUCCACCACGUCACGCUGGUGCUGCUCCUGUCACUCACCCUCCUGCCCACCGCGAGCAGCUUCUGUCCGUCGCUGUGUACCUGCGAGAGCGAUCGCAAUCUGCGCACGUCCUGCAUUAACGCGUCGCUCGAGGUGGUACCGAUCCAGCUCAACCCGGACGUGCGGUACCUCAACCUGACCGCCAACCAGAUCACCAACGUACACUUCACGCUCGCCUUCUACUAUCAGCUCGAGUCGCUCGACCUCUCGCACAAUCGGAUCGACACGCUCGGCUCGAAAAACUUCGAAUCGCAGGAAAAGCUGCUCGCGCUCAACCUCACCCACAACGUGCUGCCGGCGCUGCUGAAGGACAGCUUCCGGGGGUUGCGCCGGCUCGAGCUGCUCCGGCUCGGCGACAACCAGCUGGAGCAGGUCCAUCCGACCGCGUUCCAGUCGCUGGUGUCGCUGCGCCGGCUCGAGCUGCCCAGCAACCGGCUGGUAAGCUUCGAGGAGGGUGUGCUGAGGCCGCUGGUUUCGCUCGAAACGCUACUGCUGGCCAACAACCAGCUGCUGGAGGUACCGUACGGUGGCAAUCUGGAGUACCUGCGGUCGUUGCGCCAUCUCGACCUGUCCGGCAAUCUGAUCGAGUUCGUCGCGAACGACAGCUUCGGCACGCUGCACCAGCUGCACACGCUCCGGCUGGCCGGCAACGUGCUGAUGGAGCUGGACUGGAGCGGUUUCAGCGGUUUGAGCGCGCUCCAGCUGCUCGACCUGGCCGACAACAAUCUAACGACCAUCCCGACGGUGCAGCUGGCGAAGCUGUACAACCUGACCACGCUGACGCUGAGCGGCAACUCGUUCGUGGAGCUGCCGCCGGUUGCCUUCCAAAAUCUGUUCCAGCUGCGUGAGCUGCAUCUGGACCGGCUGGAUCGAUUGGAGCACAUCGAUACGAGAGCCUUCAUCGACAACACACACCUGCAGGUGCUGACACUCGACGACAAUCCCACCUUUUCGACCCUCCCGGUACGGCUUUUCCACGGCAACCCACACCUGAUCGACAUUUCCAUGCGACGGAACGCACUGCUCACACUGGAUGCGGUGCAGUUUCCGCUCGAUCGGCUGCAGCGACUAAAGCUGGCCGGCAAUCCGCUCGUCUGCAACUGCACCAUCCGCUGGCUGUGGCGGCUCGUCACCGGCACGCUCGACGACGACGACGGGGACGAUCCGGACGGUGUGGCUUUCCUCGGCAAAGCGCUGGCCGAUCACACCAACAUCACGACCGUGCUGCUGAUCGACAAGGACGAGAUUGGGUGCGAUCUGAACGAGGACGGGCUGGUAACGCGUCGCAUACUGCGCAACAUGUCCGAAGGCGACAUCAACUGCCCGGCCCACCUCGUAACCGUGCUGAGCGUGCUGCUCAGUCUGCUACUGCUAGCGCUCGGUGCUGGCGCAGCCAUCGUCUAUCGGCGCAAAACUCGUGAGCGCAAAAAGAUUCUCCAGGAGCGGAAGAACGUGCACGAGCGCAUCGUGCCGCAGAAGGUGGACAAGCUCGAGCUGGAGCGCUAUCUGGCGCAGCAGGUGCUCUCGAACGAUUAUCGCGAGCUGCGGCCGGCCUGCGAUCUGCCGGUACGGUACGACCUGAAGUAUCCGGACCAGACGGCCCAUCAGCUUGCGGUGGCGCCCGACGUGGAUCCCGACUCGGACCAUUACGAGAACAUAGACUACCUCCAGCAUCAGCGUGCCCUGGGCAGCUCGACCGCUUCGAACGCGACCACCCAGUCGAUCAUUACCAAUCCCUUCCACCAGCAGCCACCGAGCCAGUACCACUUUCUGGCCCAGGGGCAGCCCCCAGCGGCUUAUCAGACGCACCAGCCCCAUCACCACCACCAUCACACUCACCACCCGACUCAUCAUCAUCCGCAUCCGCACCAUCAGCAGCAGCAGCAGCAAACGGCGCCAGCACCAGCGAUGACGAUGCAGCAUCCGCACAAGUACGCCCACCAUCAGCAUCACCAGCACGCCGGGGCGGACGGUGCUGCCAACAACAGCAACACCCUGCCAGUGCCUCCCGGGCAGCGCAGCCUUAACAACUACUCGCCGAACUUCUUCAUCUACGUCCUCUACUCGCACUUCAUACUGCUGCUGCUGAUGUUAUGAUGAGGUGCAGGGCAUGGCGCUGCAGGGUGUAUGGUGCGAUAGGGCAGGCGCGUUCUCACGACGCCGCUCCACUCGUGGCUGGCUGUCAAUGAAGCAAUUCAAUCAAACUCUCGAAACAAUCGAUCGAAACCGGUGCUGAAAGGUGUGUUUGUGUACAGAAUGUGUGAAAAAGUCGAUACAAUUUUGCUUUCAUUUUCCUGUUUUGUUUGAGAUUUUCCCAAGCUGGCGUGUUGCUGCAUGUUACUCAUGCAGGCACGGCAAGGCUAGUAAGACAUAACAGCAAACUGCAAUUGUACAUUAUAUGGAAACUCCCAUGGUAACAUCCGUACUAGACUAAUGUUAACAAACCCCGUACGUAAGGUUCAGAUGACUUGUUUUAAUUUUUAUUAUUCUUCGCUGCAAAAAAAAAAUCGUUCAAAUGCGCCAUAUUAGAUUAAGAUAUUUUGUUUUUAUUAACACGCAAUUGUACUGUAGGAUGGGUAAGGAAGAAGUUAGAAAAGUCUUUUAUUAAAUGGAACUGUUGAUAUGUUGGCAGCUAAACUUGUUUCUCAUUGCAUUAUAUGAUCCGAGUUUUACUUCUUAAUUUAUCUUUACCAACUAACCUACUCUAAACUCUUGAGUCUUUACUCUUAGAGACCUUUUGUUUACUUCCAACUGUUUAUUUCGUGCUUAAUCUGCUAAGCGUUCCCCUGUGCUUCCUGUUUGGCCCUACACUAACAACUUUUUAGCAAACUUUUCUGCAAAAUUAAUACCUUUGUACAGUAGAUAGAGAUAAUUUAUAUUUUUACGAACAACAAUUACGAAACAAAAACACGAAAAUUCAUUCAAAAGGAGAAAACAGAACACACUAACCCACAAAAUGUACAUCGCGAAAGAAAAGGAAUUAAUUCGAUAAUUGAAUGAAACAAGAAAUGAGGAAAAAGAAUGUUAAAACAAUGAAAACAAAAAGCGAUAAUAUAAUAAGUGUAAACUAAACAAUGGAUAGCGCAAAAGAGAGUUCCAUUGAAGUGUAAAAAAAUCCUUCUUUAGUUGUUUCCAGCAGUAUAAAAGAAACCCCAUUAUAUAAGCCUGUUUAGCGGAACAUUUUUUUACGAAAACAAAACAUGUGAAAAUUAAAAGCAAUCAUGGAAAAAAGAUAAAGGUUAGAAAAAGAUAAAACAUUUGAUAAAAAAAGGCGCAAACUAAUUGAACAAGACAAAAAAGCGCAAGAAAUGUGUAAUACUAUUGAUAAUAUUACGAAUAUGUUAAACUGAGUUGUUAUAAGACUGAGCUAGUAGGAGAAAGGCAAAUAAUAAAAAAGCAAACAUAAAAAAGGCUACUGAAGAGAAAAUAAAUUUGACUACUGAAAAA